AUGCCUAUCGAUCAAAGCUUCAGCAGCACUUUCAACGCCGACGCCGGCAUCGCCAAGAAGCGCGGACUUCCUUAUGCCCGCAACGAGCUCGAUGCUGCGCCUCUGCAUCUCAACCACACUUCGCCUGCGAGUAAUCCAGCGGGUGGCAGUUUCUACAUUUCCGGCCCUCGCCCAGCCCGUCUUUUCCCGACUGCCAUGCACGAAUUUAGAAAGGGCAAAUACGCUACUACUGGUGGCGACCGCGGCUUCAUGACUGUCUUCGAGUACGACGUCCGCGGUCAUACGAUGAUGAUCGAUGUCGACAACUCCUGUGUCCGAUUCACCUCGAUCACGCAGGCUCUUGGCAAGAACAAAGUCAACUUUGGACGCCUGGUCCGAACGUGUCCCGCCCUGGCACCACACAUCACCAAACUCAAGGGCGGUUAUCUGAGCAUCCAAGGAACCUGGCUUCCUUACGACUUGGCCAAGGAGCUCUCGCGCCGCAUCGCCUGGGAGAUUCGCGAUCAUCUUGUGCCCCUGUUCGGCUACGACUUUCCCUCAACUUGCCUUCGACCCGACUCGGAGGGGUUUGGACAGCUGGCAAUCGGAAUGUCGCAGAAGCGCGCUCGCAAGCGCCACAACAACGGUGGUCCGCACCAGACCUCGUGCUAUGGCCCGAGCAUGCCCAUUUGUGUCGUGGAAGGACAGACGCUCGAGCGCACUCAAUCUCACCAGUAUCAGCAGCCGCCGGCAGCGACGUUCCACUAUAGCAAAGGGCUCGACGAACGUUCUCAUUGGUACGGCAGUCAGGCUCUGGGCUCUCAAGCCGCUCCAGGAAGUGUGGACUCGAUGAUGUGGCCGACAGCUUCUACCUUCAGUACAGGUGGAGCAGGACCGCAGGCGACAGGCUUGGGUUCGGCAGGCUCGCUGCACGCCCCUUACCCUUCCAACAUAGCAGGGAUCGACGCCAAUUCGGGCUCUCCGAUCUUGUCGUCGCCUCCCUCUUCGAAUGCUUCUUCUAUGUCUUAUGCUCAGAGCACCGCAGCGAACUACAACUUGAUGGUGCCACCCACCGUGCCUUCGCAUGCGUUCGAAACGGGCAUCAACGACACGGCCACCAGCACGAGCUCGAACCUGUUCGAUCUUCACCAUGUGGUGCCGCUCAGCAAGGACGAGACGGCGGAGGAUCGGCGCGGUUACGGCGGCUUCUCGAAUCAAUCCUACGCAACUUAUGGCAACACGAACGACCAGCUGUCGGCGUGGAGCGAGUCAAACCCGACUUCGGCGUAUGUCUCGUCUUCGCCCACGCCUCCUCCUCCCGCUCCUCAUGGCGCGUCGGCGUCCAAGUUCGACUCUUGGCAUCCGUCGAGUGCCUAA